AUGGGAUUCAAGCCUUCAGAAGCGGAUCCAUGCCUGUACGUCCGACGAAGAAGCAAAUCAAUAGCGUAUAUCCUGCUCUACGUCGACGACAUGCUGAUUGCCACUCGGAGAGAGCACGAAUUCCCCACGAUUUUCCAAGAGCUGCGGCAGAAGUUCGAGGUUGCCAACCUGGGGGACGUGAAACAGUUCCUUGGGAUAGAGGUGGAACAAGAUUCCGGCGGAUUCAAGCUAAACCAGCGCAGCUACAUUACGAAGCUUGUAGAGAGACACGGUCUGAAGGAUGCCAAACCGUCGAAGAUACCGUUGGAUCCAGCCUACCUACAGCAGAAGGAGGAGGAGAAUCGACUGCCGAGCAACGCGCAGUAUCUCAGCCUGAUUGGAGGUCUGUUGUACACCUAA